AUGUUGUCCAGUAUAAGAACCGCUGGUGCUAGAAGAGUCUGUGUUGGCGUUCCAAGGGUUUCGUCCGUGUUCUCUCGGGCGUUUACGAUAAAUGAUCGGUUGUUGAACGAGAAGGAAGUAGAGACGAACGAAGCAAAGUCUGAAGUGGUUUCCAAGAGAAAACCACUCAGUCGAAUCGCUAUCGGUGGUAGUUCUGGUAGCUCUCAGAGAAAUCCAGGUGGUUCGAUUGAAUUUACGACAUGGAAAGCGGCAGCAUUGCUGGUGUUAGUCGGAGGUUCGUUGUUCUACUUUUUCGACAAAGAGAAAAGAAGACUUCAGAUCGAAAAGGAGGCUGAAGCUAACAGGGGUUACGGUAAACCGCUUGUGGGUGGUCCCUUCAAACUUAUUGAUCAAGACGGGAACGAAUUCACGGAGAAAAACUUGCUUGGAAAAUUUUCGAUCUUAUAUUUCGGGUUUACACAUUGUCCUGACAUUUGUCCCGACGAACUGGAUAAAUUAGGUGUUUGGCUUGAUAAGUUGGAGAAACGUGGGAUACGGCCACAAUCCAUUUUCAUAACUUGUGACCCAGCGCGGGACCAACCUCAAGUCAUCAAAGAAUAUCUGAGUGAGUUUCAUCCAAGCCUCAUAGGUUUGACUGGUGACUACGACGAAAUUAAGAACGCUUGUAAACAAUAUAGAGUCUAUUUUUCGACUCCACCAACUUUACAACCGGGUCAAGAUUAUUUGGUCGAUCAUUCUAUUUUCUUCUAUUUGAUGGACCCUGAGGGUAAAUUUAUCGAUGCAUUAGGGAGACAAUACGAUGAGAACACUGGAGCAGACAAAAUAGAAGAACAUGUCAAAGCUUAUGUGCCUAGCGACAAGCGUGAGAAAAGGGAGGAAAAAUGGUACUCUUUUCUAUUUAAAUGA